GUCACGCACUCACACACCAAACGGACAGUCUACGUUACGCCACGAUGGGACGGCGGACUCUCUAGUACCUAUUACUCUUUCUUCAGCUCAUGUUCAGAUCUAUACAAACUCUCAACCAAAGAAGAUUAAUGAGCCGCACACCGGAGCCCGGGAAUAUUUCGCCCUGAGUUUUCCCUCUUGGAUUCGGGACGGUCUGGGAGAGAACCAAAAGUAUGAAAGUGACGGUGUGUUUUGGAAGGACUCGGGUUGUGGUACCGUGCGGAGAUGGAAAUAUCAAAGUACACACGCUUAUCCAACAGGCCACCAUGAGAUACAGGAAAGCAAUAGCCAAGGAUGCAGGUUACUGGGUGCAGGUGCACAGGUUGGAGCAUGGCGAUGGAGGAAUUCUGGAUCUGGAUGAUGUGCUGUGUGAUGUUGCAGAUGACAAAGACCGGUUGGUGGCAGUGUAUGAGGAGCAGGAGCCUCAUGCUGGAGGUGAUGGGACCAGUGCGAGCUCUACAGGUACUCAGUCUCCUGACCUCUUCUCUGCGGAUAUAUCCUCCUCCACUCCUCUCUCCGCUUUCCAGCCCUUCCACACCUACCAACCCAACAGUAACAGUGAGAUAGAGGUCACACCCUCUGCCCUGCGCACCAACAUGCCGUUGCACGUGAGGCGCAGUAGUGAUCCUGCAUUAUUGAGCUUGGCAGCAAUAUCGUUCUCUGAGCCUCGCACUCAGCCUGAAGAGCCUUCUAGAAAGAACCCCACACGCUGGUCCACCACAGCAGGCUUCCUCAAACCCCGCUACUCCACUGGGACUAGCAGUCUGGAGAGGAAGGGUCGAGGUUUGGAUACGUAUCGGAGUCUCCCUCGGGAUGCAGGCCAUUGGUCCAAUCAGAGGGAGUUUCAGCGAGAGACUGCCCGCUCCUCCUUAAGCGCCAAUCACCCCAUGGUGGACCGCUGGAUCGAGCGGCAGGAACAGGAGGAGGCACGAGAAGAGGAGGAUGUUGGACGGAUAGAUCCAGUAGGCCGGGCAGACACCAGUUUAGAGCACAUGGGAGUGAGGUCACUAGAUGAUAUAGUGAAGCUGGUGGAGGUGUCUAAUGAUGGAGGGCCUCUGGGUAUCCAUGUCGUGCCUUUCAGUGGCCGUGAUCGCAGGACACUGGGUUUGUUGGUGAAGCGGUUAGAGCGUGGAGGAAAGGCCCAGCAGCAGGGUUUGUUUCAGGAGAACGACUGCAUCAUUCGCAUUAACAAUGGAAACCUCUGCAACGUCCGCUUCGAACAAGCUCAGAACAUGUUCCGUCAGGCAAUGCGCUCACCGCUGAUUCUCUUCCAUGUGGUUCCGUCAACAAGAAGAGCAGAAUAUGAGCAAAUCUCCCAAAGCGAGCGAAACCCUGCCCUAAACCACGGCCACCUCGGUCGCCUCAGCCCCGACUCCCUCACUAGUGAGCCAGUCAGCACUGCUGAUCUCGACUCUGGCCCUCACAGACUUCCUCAACCCAGGCCUCAGCCAAGAAAUGAUCCCGUACAGCAUCCAGUUGGCUCCAUGGGUAAACCUCCCUCAGGCCAUGGCGCUUCCCCUCAGAGGGUCGUAAGCUCCACCCCCACACCAGGCUUCAGUAAAAAGUUUGGCCGGAGGCUCGGAAUCCAGCUCAAGAAAGGUCCAGAAGGUCUUGGCUUCAGCAUCACAUCCAGAGACGUCCCCCUGGGAGGCUCCGCCCCCAUCUACGUGAAGAACAUUCUACCGAGGGGAGCAGCCAUCAAGGAUGGACGUCUGAAGGCUGGAGACAGACUACUAGAGGUGAAUGGGGUUGACCUGAAUGGGCAUGGUCAGGAGGAGGUGGUGUCCCUGCUGAGAGCCACACCUAUGGGUGGCGCAGUCAAUCUUUUAGUGCUGAGACAGGAGGAGACCUUUCUGCCCAGAGAAGCGAAUACAGAGUCUACAGUGCAGAAUACAAGAGACUUGGUGGAAGAGGAGCUAGUGUUGACCCCUGAUGGUACUCGAGAGUUUCUGACGUUGGAGGUGCCCCUGAAUGACUCAGGGUCGGCAGGGUUAGGGGUCAGCGUCAAGGGUAACAGGUCAAAGGAAAACCACGCUGACCUCGGAAUCUUUGUCAAGUCCAUUAUCAACGGAGGAGCUGCCUGCAAGGAUGGGAGACUGCGAGUGAAUGACCAGCUCAUUGCUGUUAAUGGAGAGUCGUUGUUAGGGAAAACCAAUCAUGACGCCAUGGAAACACUGCGAAAGUCCAUGUCAACGGAGGGCAACAAACGAGGAAUGAUCCAGCUGAUUGUGGCGAGACGAGUGAGCAAACGCAAUGAGGGUGAAACGCCAUGCAGUCCACGCGGGCCAGAACAGACCCUGAGUCCAUCUCUGGACGAUCACGAGCGGCGGAUCUCUCACACACUUUACGGCAUCGAGGGACUGGAUGAUAACCUGAGACCCCGCAACAACAUGGCCAGCAGAGGGCUGGGUCACUAUCAGCUCUCUCCUACAGUCAACAUGCCUCAGGAUGAUACGGUCAUAAUUGAAGACGAUAGGCCACCUGUUCUUCCUGCCCACCUCUCUGACCAAUCCUCGUCCAGUUCCCAUGACGACAUGGCUUUCGUUGUGGAAACGCAGCCAUCCUGGAUUCAGGACGUGCCCGUUCAGAAUGACAGUUCUCUGAGUGUAGGUGGAGAGGAUGAUGCUGGGCUGUUUCAGAGGGAAGGCUUUGGAAGGCAGAGCAUGUCUGAGAAGCGCACUAAACAGUAUGGAGAUGUCAGCCAGCUGGACAUCAUCAAGACCCGCAAGUCCAAGAGCAUGGACCUCGUGGCUGAUGAGAUUAACCUCACCACUCACACAGAGAACCACUCAGGUUCUUCAUCACGUGACGUCGGCCCGUCUCUGGGCCUGAAGAAGUCAAGCUCCUUGGAAAGCUUACAGACUGCCGUCGCUGAGGCAACUCUCAAUGGGGACCUCCCCUUCCACAGGCCACGCCCUCGCAUUAUACGGGGGCGGGGCUGCAAUGAGAGCUUCCGGGCAGCAAUCGACAAAUCAUAUGACAGACCAGCAGCCAGUGAGGAAGAUGGGGAGACCAUGGACAUACUCGAGGAAGACACAGAAGAAAGCUCUCGAUCGGGCCGGGACUCUGUUUCCACGGUAGCUGAUCUCACACCACUUCCUGUUGCUGAGCGACAGCUCGCCAAUGGCAACCAACCUGCAAAUGACAAGAAAAAAGAGAAAGGAGGAAAGGAGAAAAAGAAAACCGAGGAGAAAGAGAAGAACAAAGGAAAGAAGGGAGUGCUGAAAGGUCUUGGAGAGAUGUUCAGGUUCGGAAAGCAUCGUAAAGAUGAUCGUAUGGAUAACAAGAGCAGUAAGUGGAGGCCAGAGGAGACGCAAGCUACGGAAGAGGAGACGCACAGGAUGAGACAAGAGCAAGAGAGAAUCCAGGCUAAGACGCGGGAACUGCGUGAGCGGCAGGCUCGGGAGAGGGAUUAUGCAGAGAUUCUGGACUACAGUCAGGCGUGUGUAUCCAGCGAGGAUCAGGAUCACUCCUACACGGGCAUCGCUUCUCUCCAGGCCUCUCUGGAGCGGGGUACUUAUCACGGCUACCGCACACCCCCCGACUCGCCCUACACAAACCCCAGCAACCGCAAUGGACACCCUCCUGCAGACAGUAAUAGGCUGGCACCUAGCAACCAUGACCGGAUACAGCGCUUGCGUCACGAGUUUCAGCAGGCCAGGCAGGAAGAGGAGGAGCCAGAUGACCGGCAUCGCACCUACAGCCUCGAGCAGCCAUGGACCAGCGGUGGAACACACUCUCAGUCCGGUCGUCACUCUGUGUCAGUGGAGGUGCAGCUGCAGAGACAGAGACAGGAAGAGAGAGACAGCUUCGCACAGGCACAGAGACAGUACAGCUCUCUGCCACGCCACCCUCGGAAAACUCCCAGUGUGUGUGAGGACCCAUGGGAGAAAGCUCAUCCUUCCAGAGACGCUUUCCAGUCAGCUAAAGACAGUGGACGCUACUCCAGCUAUCAGGGGUCCCGCACCGCACCCCGUCCUGCCUGGAGAAACGGAAUCCCCACCUCACCGGUGAGUGGUGGCUACAACGCUCGCGUGCUAUUGGAGGCCCAGGAGCUGCUGCGGCAGGAACAAAAGCGCCGCGAGCAGGAGGUGAGAGGAAAAGCCUUGAGGGAGGACUAUGAAUCCCAGGAUUCAAAGGGGCCGUACAGACAGGACGUCCCACCUUCGCCGUCUCAGCUGGCCAAACUCAAUACGCACCGCGUACACACACCAGAGAAAGCACGACUUUUCCACUCAUGAGGACGAGAAAUAGGAACAUGAAGGAGGGAUGAACCUUUUUCUCCUCUUCAUCUUUUUUUCUGUAAGAGGAAGCCAGAGAGAGAUGAAGGAAGAACCUGAGGAAGCGGAACCAUUUCCUCUUAUUAGUCCUUUCUUACGCAGCUACACUCUUAAAAAUAAAGGUGCCAAAAAGGGUUCUUUGGAGUGAAGCCAUAGAAGAACUACUUUUGGUUCCCUAUAGACUUUUUCAAUGGAUGGUUCUUCAGAAAACCGUUUUCUAAACAAGAUGUACGAGAGUUAAGAACUUUGGCUUUUAUUAUAGGCUUUUCCGAACCAAGAACCCCCUUAGUAGCCUUUAUUUCUAAAGUGUAAGGCAUGUCUGCCUGACCUACACAAUGUCAGCUGGACCCUAGUGCAUAGCAGUAAAUCCACACCACUAUCCCUGCCCGCUACUGAGUGCCUUCUGAUCGUAAGGUCGUUGUACCCCGCCUUAGUCCAGCUCAUUCGUCCAGACUGUUGAUGGACAGUCUCCAUUCUUGUGUUCUGACAAUCAGAUGGAACAAGACCCACUUCCCUGGGCCUUUUCUGUAGAAGUGCAACUGUCAAUCACAUGUAGUGCUGACCAUGUGGUACUGUUACUGUCGUCAGAAUGUGAUAUUGUGUGUUUCUCAUUUUUAUAUGAUCUGUGGCCGCUGCAGGUACUUAUUAGGUCAAAAAUAUAUUUUUGUAUUAUAUAUGACGUCGCUGUCGUACAGAAAGCUUGCAGCUCCGAAACUUAACUUAGUUCUUAACAUCUGUCACUCUUACUUAAACCUGAAAGGCUGGCUUCUCCAUAUUUCUGUUGGUCCAUUUGUUGUGAAAUGAUCAUACUAUGAAAAGAGCAGUUGGCAUAUUCAUAUCCUCUUAUGACAGUGACAGUAAAUAUACACCACACAAAGGGGUGUCAUUCUCCAUCCUGGAAGGCCACAGCACUGGACAGUUUAUUUUUUCCCUGGUCUCAUUAUAGCUCUGCCAAAGUCACAGUUUAGUGACGAGAAUAAUGUACUGCAGUGGCAAGAAUGGAACAGCGUAUGAACGACAGCCAUUUAGCUUUCUAAAAUCUGAAAAUAUCACAAAUUUUUUCACCCAAUGGCCAAGCAGACCUCAGUUCAGUGGAGCAGGUCUAUUUAUUUACACCAGUGAAUGUGAGUCUUCACAUUUAGAAGAAAGGCAAAAGAUGAGAGCCAACAGGAUGGAUUUACCAAGGUGUCUUUCCCACUAAUGAUAGGAGGGGCUCCCAGCAAAUCAGUGUAGGAGGAAAUGGUCUGAGAUUCUGGAAUCCAAAAUCGUUUUCCUUCAGUUGAUACAGUCCUUUCCAGAGCUGAACCAGAUAUAUUAGACUGCAUUCACAAAGGCAUGUUAGUAUCCGUUAAGAAGAAAAAUAUGGAAAAAACAAAGUUGAUGCUGUUCUUCACAGAAGCAAGCAAAAGAGAUGUGUGAGCACACACAAUAAACCAGUCCAGGAAGCAGACUGGACUUAUCUCUGAGCUCCACCUUGGUAACGACCAUUUUCAGCAGAAUUGUCCCUUAUUAGCUGACGCGAGAUUACGUCAUUAACAGUAUGUUCCAGCGGACAGCGGAGAGUUAUUGCCUAAGCUGGAAUCUGUUGUCCAUUCACACAUUGAUCAUUGAAAUCAGUGCCAUUGAAGGCAAUAUUAGAGCAGCUUAGCUGCUUGGCUAAGUGCUGUUGCACACUGCUUCCAAGUUAGAAUUAGUUUUGAGAUUUUAAGGAAAAGACAUUGUCAAAACUUCUAUGCUUUUUUCCAGCUACCAUAACCCAAAGUUGAUAAUCAUCAUCAGUGUAGUUUCCCCGGGGACAGGACAGAUAUGAUGUUUCAAUAUCCGGUUCUUGUCCCCACCCCCCGCCACCCUGGCUUUAGUCAGAGAAAAAUUGCUGGUCAGCUGACAAUGUAGAUGAUAAAAUGGAAUGAUGAAUAAAAAUCCAUCCAAAGUAGAACCCAUCAUUGAUAUAUGGAUCUGUGAGCUACAUCCAUUUCCAUAGUUGUGCUGCUCCUGUUUCGGUGGUUACUCUGCUUCAUUUCCAUGGUUAUGCUACCUUCAUUUUUGUCGUUACGCUACCCCCUCCCCCAUAUUCAUGCUUAUGCUACUCUGUUUUCAUAGUUAUGUUAGCUCCAUUUCCAUAGUUACACUAGCCACAGUUUUGUGGUUGCUCCAUUUCCAGUGGUGGAAAGACUACUGAAAAUCCCUACUUAAUUAAAAGUACUGUUACUGUAGUGAUCAUUUACUUGAGUACAGUCAAAAGUAUUAAUAAAGGAAAUUACUCAAUUAAGUAUGCUAGCCACAGUUCUGUGUUCUACACCCUGGAGAAGCACUAUUAGAGCAGGGAAAACGCUAAACUGUGCAGUCCCCCCCUCUCUGAAAAAGAGUGUUUCUU